UGCUUGUACAUUUUUCAGAUUUUAACUAUUCUGUAUCAUGUUGUUUAAUAAUGGAUGAUACAGCUUAAUGAUGAUUAUCAAUUGGAUAUAAAAUUACACUGUCUGAAUAGAGUUGUAUACAACAGUACCAUUGAGCUAAAUAUUUAUCAAUAUGACAAAAGCAGUCAAAAUGCAGUCUCCUCAGAAUUCAAAGAAUCUGUUAACAGUGCCUGCAAAUGUGAAUCAUAAUUCAAGUGAAACAAUAUCAUCAUCAGCGAGCUCACCCUCAUCAAGAAGUAGUUCUUUCAGCCGUAGAUUGACUCUUGAUUUGACUCCAACGUCUACAAAGAAAAUAGAAUCUUUGAAUGGAUAUAGGUUAACCAAGAGAGAAACGUUUCCUUUAAUGAAAAGUGGAUCUGACAAUGGUGAAUCUGCAGAGGGACAAAUUCUUUCUAGGACUUUAUUAUCUCCAUUUGAAAAACUUGUGCAAGCUUUGAAUUAUGAUCACCGUAUCAAAUUAGAAUUAUCGUAUGGCAAAAGGAUCGGAUUUUAUUCACUCAAAGGUGAUAUAGGUACAGGGAAUUUUUCAAGAGUUAAGAUUGGAACUCAUUCUCUAACAAAGGAACGUGUUGCUGUCAAGAUUCUUGAUAAAACAAAGAUGGACAGAAAAACUAAAAGACUUUUAUCAAGAGAAAUAAGCAGUAUGGAAAAAUUACAUCAUCCUAACAUCAUUAGACUCUAUGAAGUUAUGCAUACCAAAAGCAAAUUAUUUCUUGUUAUGGAAUAUGCAGGAGGGGGUGAACUAUUCAGCAGGUUAUCAUCUCAAGGAAAAAUGGCUGAGAGCGAUGCAAAAAUCAUAUUUUCACAAAUACUUUCUGCUGUCGAACACAUGCAUCAACAUAACAUUAUACAUCGAGAUAUGAAAGCUGAAAAUGUAUUUUUCUCUGAAAAGAGGAUUGUCAAGGUAGGAGACUUUGGAUUUAGUACAAAGGCUCAUGGGUCAAAAGACGCUCUUGAUACUUUCUGUGGUUCUCCACCAUAUGCUGCUCCAGAAUUAUUCCGAGAUUCAUAUUAUUAUGGAGAAUAUGUUGAUAUUUGGGCACUUGGCAUUCUGCUUUAUUUUGCUGUCACAGGAACUAUGCCAUUUCGGGCAGAAACUGUUGGAAAAUUGAAAAAGAGAAUACUUCUUGGACAUUUCACUGUUCCUUCACAUGUUUCUUCGGAUUGUAAACAUUUAAUAAGAAAUAUUUUGAAACCAAGUCCUUCACAUCGACUCUCGCUGCAGGAAAUUAAACAAUCUAGCUGGUUCAAUCGAACCUCAUUCCCAAAUGCAACAUCUUUUUUCAAUCUCGAUCCUACGAAGGUGCAGAGAAAAGAAGCUCAACCCGAAGAAGCUUAUGCACUCUUCAUGUUGGAAAGAUUAGGAGUGAAAGACGAUCAUAUGAAAAGACUAUCUGCUGUUGAAGAAUCUCAAGAUGAACCUUUAUUUUCCUGGGAAUCUGAUUCCGAAUCAUCACCAUCUAACAAUGACGAUUCCAUUGGAACGUCUGUAGAUCAUAGCAGUGCUAUUGUCGGUACUUAUCGUAUUUUAUUAAUGCGAGCACAUAAAAAGUUAGUUCAUCCACCUUCUAAAGAAGACUUACUUAAAUUAUCAGCCAUUACAAAUCAUGUCACUGGCAGAGAAUCGCCUCUUACAAGACAUUCCAAAUCUUGUGAACAUUGUGGCACUAGUGUAGAUGAUAAUGAAAUUUCAGUACCAUUGGUUAGUGCUAAUGGUAUAUCAGUGCAAGAAAAUAACAACAUUGAGAAAGGUAUAAAUAAUGAUAACGAUAUUUCAUCUAGAAGUACAGGGGUGCACGGUCAAAAUACAGGAACAGUUAAGUCAAAGUUCUGUGUAAUUUUGUAAAAUUGAGAUGCUUUUUAUUAAUCCGAAAUAUUUGACGUUCCUACUGAUCGAAGUAGCAACCUAUCAGUUGAAUAGAAAAGUGUCUGAAGAGCCUACAUUUCUGGUAUUGAGUACUGACCUUCUGCUGAAUUACAGGAUGGAACCAGUUUUUCAAUAAAGCGUAUUGUCAUAAACACCAAUUGAAAGUUUCAGUUUCGCUACGAAAUGACUUAUUUUGUUUCAAUCCUGUUCCUGUAACAUGACUUUGUGGUAAUAGCUCACGGUGACACCUGCUUUCUGUUGGCAUCUCCAGCUGCUAAGGACACAUUCUUGCUUGGACUGAUUUUGCAAUUGUAGUGUUGAGCAGAUUAACUGGUACAUGUCUAUUAUAUCCAUAUUUCAGUUACUUAAAGUAUUUUUGGAUCACAAGGCGCACUGGGUUAUAAGGCACACUGUUAAUAAAUUGCCUAAAUUGGGGUUUUGUCCAUACAUAAGGUGCACCGGGCUAUAAGACCCAAUGGUUUUAAGGAGUAUCGGGUCAUCGUACAAAACCCAUCAAACAAAAAAAAAACUAGGCCUAUAAAUAUUUUUAUGGUUGAUGUAUUUUAUUCAAAGAAAAUCUGAAACGGCAAUUUGUUUAUAAAACAAUAGUAACGGUACAGGUUUUGAUUGUAGGAAGUAAAGUAUAAAUCAUUACCUGCUCCAUUCAUUAGGCACAUGACUAAAAAGGCUCAUAAUAGAUUUUUGAGAAAAAAAAGUGAUUUAAAGUGCGCCUUAUGAUCCGUAAAAUACUGUGUGAUGAAUAAUAAUUGAUGUCUUUGAAUUUAGAUUCCAUUUGAAAUUACUAGAUUCAUUGAAAAUUACUGCAUAGGUCUUCAUAAUGUCACUUUAUUUAAAUCAUUAGCGUGAGUUUAUAUUUCAGCACUUUAAUCUAAUGCCUCUAAUUUUUUAUCUUGUUAACACAUUUCAUAUUUGUUUUCCUUACCUCAAAAAUAUCCGCACAAUCACAUAAACCGUUAAUGUCGUACUCGUCACAGAUCUAUUUACCUUAAUUAUCGUAAGACAUUUUUUGAAAUUUCAUAUUUUCUGUUUUCACAUUACAAAUUUUUUUCAUAUAUUGAUUUGAAAUUUACUAUUCUAAGAGUAACUGUAAAUAUUGUUAUAAGAAAAUGUCUCGUACACUUGAAAUAUCUUGUCUUUUGGUCUAUGAAAUAUCGAAAUUUUUAUUUACAUUGAGUGCUGGCGAAAUCACAAAAUCUCCAUCCGACUAAAAUCCCACUGUGAAUUCCUGGUCUACAAAAGUUUAAACUCCAGCCAAGGAUGUCCUAACCAAUUCGAAUACAUUUGUAAUUCAUAUUUGAAUUUAGGAGUAAUUUAGAAUUUUUAUUUGAAAAUUGGGAUUUUUAGCCGUCAGUCAAGCAGAUCAAAAUGUACGAUAUCUAACACAACAAACAACAAAAAGGAAACAAUGACCUUCAUAAUUAUUUAUGUUGUUUUAGAUAUGAUCAACAUGAAGAUAUAGUGAUUCACAUAAUUUAUUACAUAAACUUGACCCCAUUUCGAAUGUAUUCGGAAAUAUUUUUUCAGAAUGUAUACGAAAUAGUGGAAUAUCGCCUUUGGCCAUCCCUGACUUCAGCUCCUUAGCGAUGACUUUGACUUUUAAAACUUUGUCAUUGGCAAACCUGAAUUAGUUUUAGUCGAAUAUUCUCACUCAGUCUAGAAUACUAAUCCCUGCUUCAGAGAGUUCAUUUUGUUUUACUAUUUUUAAUGAGAAAUUUUAAAACCAGUACUAAAAACGUUUUCAUACUUAUAUGAUGUUGUUAUAAUUCAAAUUAGUGUUUUCCGACUGUAUGAAAUACUCACGUCAGAAGUCCAUUUCAUAUUUCAAUGCUUUGAAAUUCAUGUCAAAAUUUGUAGUUUUCCUGUAGAAUCAUUGCAUCAUAUUAUUUGAAACUCCCCCAUCAGAAUUUUUAUGUGUUCUACGUUGAAAUAUAUUUAGAAUAAUUUCUGGUUGCCAGUUUUCUUAGUGAAUGUAAUUUGUCUGAAUGAUCUUUACCGUAAUUCUGUUUUACAGUUCUGUAUAUGUUUUAUUUAAAUAUCAUGAAUUACCAAUUGUUCAGUAAAAUCAUAUUUUCACUGUUAAACUAUUUUAUGGUUGAUGUAACAUCUCAAUUUAUUUCAAGCAAAAAUUUAUUAGUGAUAUACAAUUUUACAUUUAGUUUAGAUGAAGACAUCAUGCCUGUACCACCCGCAUCAUCUUUAGCCUUUGUGAUUAAUUUGUUAAAAUUUGGAUUGCCAUGCAUUGCUAACUUCUUAGUACCCACAGUUCUAUUUGGAAAUAUAAAGAAUCAUUUUAUCCCAAUGAGUCACUAUUGUCAUUGUUGGGCAGUGUUACUAAUGUCACAUCCACUCACAGUUUCUGCUCAUCAAAACUGCUUUUUGACUGUUUAUGUUAUUAGCAUAUCGUUUUUUAUAUUUUUUUUAACACAAUGGUGUUGAAUGAAACUUUGUCUGUUAUUUUUGCCAUCAAACAGUAUUGUUUUAAAUGUAUAAAGUUCAAUUUAUUUUUUCAGUAACACUGUACUAUUGAAUAACACUCCAUUAGUAGCUAUAUUUUAAGUUGUGAAGUACAAUUACAUUUUUAUUAAAUGAUUUGUGUAAAACUCCA